AUGUCUUUCUGUAGAGGUCAGUUUUUUUUCAUCAACAAUAGCUCCAUCCUUGGUGUCGGACUAAAGAGGUCCAUCCAGCAUCCGUUGGGUACUAUGGGUCCUCUUAGUAAACUUGCAGGUGGUGCUACUGGUUACACCGGUUAUUCUAGAUCAGCUACCAUCUCCCACUUUAUUAAGCGGCUACUCACUCCAGAUUCUGGAGCUGAUACAAAGGUCAUGAAGGCUCUUAAUGAUUUUCCAAGGGUCAAGAAGGUUUCUCGUUCAUCUUUUGUCACUAGAAAUAGUGUAUCUUCUCCUUUGUUGAAUCAAAGGAGGUUGUUUUCUACCUCUGUUUUGGCAUAUGUUGAAGCCAAGAGUGCACCUUUGACUUCUUCCCCUCCCACUCCGAAUCCUUCCUCUUGGCCCAUCAACACUGCCAAACCUGUUGGUUACCUCUGUAUCGCCUGCUCCAUCUUGGUUUUCGCUAUCGUCGUCCUUGGUGGUCUUACUCGUUUGACUGAAUCUGGUUUGUCCAUCACCGAAUGGAAACCGGUCACUGGCUCCAUUCCUCCGCUCUCUCAAGAAGACUGGCUAGCAGAGUUUGAAAAAUACAAGCAGAGUCCAGAGUUCAAAGAACUCAACACAGAUAUGAAUGUCGAAGAAUACAAAUUUAUCUACGGCAUGGAAUGGUCCCAUAGAUUGUUAGGUAGAGUUAUCGGUGUCUUGUUUGUUGUCCCUACUCUUUACUAUAUUGCCCGUAAAAGGGUUUCCCCGCCAACUGCUCUCAAACUACUUGGAAUAUGUGGUCUACUUGGUCUUCAAGGUUUUGUUGGCUGGUGGAUGGUCUAUUCCGGUAUCGACAAGAAGCAGCUUGUGGCAAGAAACUCUAAGCCUACUGUUUCUCCUUACAGACUCACUACUCAUUUGGCCACGGCUUUCACUGUUUAUUGUUGUAUGAUUUCUACUGGUUUCUCUAUAUUGCGUGAUUACAAAAUCAUGGCUGACCCUAAGAAAUAUCAAAAGAUAUUCCAACAGAUCAAUUCUCCUUCUUUGAAACGUUUCAUUUCUCUAUCCAAAGGUUUAUUCGUUAUGGUAUUCUUCACCGCUAUGACUGGUGCUCUCGUUGCCGGUUUGGAUGCUGGUAUGAUCUACAACACCUUCCCUAAAAUGGGAGAAGGCUAUAUUCCUCCAACGGACGAGUUGAUGGAUCCCCUUUUUGCCAGGAAAUCUGACAAGUCUGACCUGUGGUGGAGAAACAUGUUGGAGAAUCCAACCACCGUUCAAUUCAACCAUCGUAUCAUGGCCGUGGCCACUUUCUGCUGUAUCUUUGCUCUCCAUAUGCGCAGCCACAAAAUGAAGCCUUUACUCCCAAGUAAGGCUUACAUGUGGUUGAGUGCUAGUAUGGGUUUGGCAUGUCUUCAAGUAACCUUGGGUAUCUGUACUCUACUCUGGUUGGUUCCUACCGAUCUAGGUGCUGCACACCAGGCUGGCGCUCUAGGUUUACUAACAGGCGUGUUGAUGGUGGUCAAUAACUUGAAAAGGCCUAGUAGAUCCAAUCUGAUUUUGCUUGACAAGUUUCUACAGAAAGCUGCCAAUCAGAGAACAUUGCGUUCGAUUGACCAGUAUCUAAAUAUCAAACUGGACAACAUUGAGACCAACGUCGAGAAAUAUCCACACUUUGUUGCAGUGAGAAGCAUUUUCAUUAGAGGCUCUUCUAUUAGAUACAUCCACCUUAAUCCAAGCAAUGUCGACACAAAUUUGUUGCAGGAUGCCAGUAGAAGGGAGACAAUGGCCAGUACAAGUGACAAAAUAGCAGGAAGAUAG